UCAAAGAGAGCACUCAACUCAGAUCAAUCGAAUCCAGCGCUUGGUGCGCACGCGUCGAUCGUAUAUAUCGAAAAUAUACUAUUAAUUGGAUAUUAAUACGCUUUCAAGUGGGUUACGUUGUGUAGCCGAGCGUUGAACCACUAAUUUAGGCUUUGUUUACACAGUGGCAAACUGUUCAAACGUUACGAGCUUAGAGUGUUUUGAGAGGUGGUCUAAGCGUUGUUCUAGUGGAAUUUGGUUAAUUAGCACUAUAGUGAUUUGUAGAUAUCAUUUUUAUUGGAGAUAUAUGAAUUUUGUUACCACAACAUGGGUGCAGUGAAGAGUAAACUAGCUAAUGCAUGCCCAGCUAGGUGUGGAUGCUGUGGACUCUUGAGAUCAGAUUCGUAUGAUCUGAAAGAUCUACCUCGACCACCGCGAUUGGAUACUUCAAACAAUGUCAUCAGCGGAACGAGACAAGGUGUCCUCGCCGUGCAAGGUAUCGAUUUUUGCAUCGAAACUAAUGGGGAAAAUCAUCACACGAACAAAUUCAAUCUCAUGUCAAAAGAUGUUGACAGGUGUCUGGUUAUAAGACGAGGUCAGGCCUUCAAACUUGAUAUUCUAUUAAACCGGCCAUACGAUGCCAGCAGAGAUGCCGUUUCUUUUAUCUUUUAUGUGUCAGAUGUCGAAAAGCGUGGGCCGUCGGGGGAUACGUCAGCGGCUGUUCCUAUGUUGGAGAAAGGAUCCGAAACGUUAGGCGCAUGGAAUGCUGUGUAUGACGGUCAAAUGGAUUCUCAUCUCAUGGUCGCAGUGACCGCAGCCGCUGACUGCAUUGUUGCUGCGUGGCGCAUCGACGUAGAUACCAGAUUGAAUGGAGGCGAAUCACUUAGCUACACACAUCCACUCCCCAUAUACGUGCUCUUUAAUCCAUGGUGCUUAAACGAUAGUGUUUACAUGCCAGGACAUAGUCAUCGAGAGGAAUACGUUCAAGAAGAUGGUGGCCUUAUGUAUAGAGGCGUCUAUAACGUAAUCAAACCUAUGCCAUGGUAUUAUGCGCAGUAUGAGAAGGACAUAUUGGAAUGCGCCUUGUAUCUCGUCAGAGAGAUUGGAAAGGUUAAAGGUCGCGCGAGAGGCGAUCCCAUCAGGACGGUCCGAGCGCUGUCAGCUGCAGUUAAUGUUCAAGACGACAAUGGCGUCUUGUUCGGUAACUGGGCCACAGAGUUAAGUGAAUACAGUGGUGGAACACAUCCGCUGAAAUGGAUCGGAUCAUUGUCGAUAUUACAGAAGUAUUAUGAGAAGAAAAAGCCAGUCAAGUAUGCGCAAUGUUGGGUUUACGCUGGAGUUUUAACAACGAUUUGUAGAGCAUUAGGAAUCCCUUGUAGACCAGUGACUGGAUAUGACGCAGCACACGACAGUCAAGGGAGCCUUACUAUUGACAUAAUUAAAGAUGAAGAAGGCAACACACUCGAGGAGUUCACCAGAGAUUCAGUUUGGAACUAUCACGUGUGGAACGAGGUAUGGAUGGAUCGGCCAGACUUAGGAACUGAGUACAGCGGCUGGCAAGCUAUUGACUCAACACCACAAGAAACCUCAGAGGACGUUUUCCGAUGUGGCCCAGCGUCUUUACGAGCUGUACGAGAUGGUGAAUUGCAGCGACCUUACGACGCUUCCUACGUCUUUGCGCAAGUCAAUGCAGAUAAGGUGCUAUGGAAAUACUCUGGUGAAAUUCAACCGUUAAAACUUUUAGCACGUGAUACAGUUUCAAUUGGACAAAAUAUUUCCACCAAAGCGAUCGGUCGGAUGGAGCGAGAGGAUAUUACCGACCUUUAUAAAUAUCCGGAGAGAACCCGAGAGGAACGUGAUACUAUGGAAAAGGCUCUGCGGAAAUCAGAAAGCAUAUUUGCACGUUAUUAUCUCAAUGAUGCGUUUAAUGACGUUGUUUUUGAAUUCGAACUGAGAGACGACAUUAAAAUCGGACAGGACUUUAAUGUGGUCUUGCAUAUAAAGAACCGUUCGACAAUCAACGAACAUCAGGUGAAAGGAGUGCUGCGAGUGGACACAGUCACGUACACCGGAGUGACCGGAGACGGCGUGAAAAGACAAGACUUUGAGAUGGUUAUGGCUCCAGCGGCGAAAGAAAAAAUUACACUGCUAGUCACAUUUAGUGAUUAUUUCAAGAAAAUAGUUGACCAGGCGUCGUUCAACAUAGCUUGCUUAGCGACAAUAGUGGAUAGAAAUUUCGAUUAUUUCGCACAAGACGACUUCAGAGUACGAAAUCCCGAUAUUAAAAUAUCAUAUGACGGAAAGCCAAUUUCACGACAGGAAUUUUUGGUGACAGUCAAAUUAGAAAAUCCUCUUCCGAUACCUUUGAAGAGUGGAAAAUUCUAUAUACAAGGACCAGGAUUGGACAAACAACUUAAGAUUGAACUGAGCGAGAACGUAGCUCCAGGCGCUCUUGCGAGUGUUCAGUUUAAAUUGACACCGCCAUGGGCCGGUCGACACCAAAUAUCAGCGAAAUUCUCCUCAAAGGAGCUGCACGACGUGGACGGUUUUCUGUCAUUGAUGGUUUCGCCUCCAGACACUAAUGGAAUCCCAUUAAUUGAUGCUAACGAGACACGUGAAAUUUGAAUAAAUU